UCGGCGAAGAACGGAACGGAACGCAACGCGUAUAGAACGGGAGGGCGGCGAGAGAUCGGUGUCGCGACACAGUGUCCAACGAACGAGGAACGCGAUAUCGCGGAGUGUGCCCGUGGGUAUACGUGCGUGCUCGACGGAGCCGAUCGAUCGGCCGUGCGAUCGCUAAUCGCGAAACGGUCGCGAUUAACGGGGAGCAGCGGCGACGCGAGUGUGUCCGACGAGGAGCAGCGAUACGCGCGCUGCUUCUCGCGCAUCUUGGAUCUUCUCUCCUACUGAAUGAAACGCUCGCGACGACCCUUUUAUCGGGAAUCCGUGUUCCGUGACAAGCGUAUUCGUAGUGUGCCGCGGCUGCCGCGUACGCUGCACCGACCACCGACGAUUACCACGAUCCCGGCCUCGUUUCGUGUAUACCGCACGGACGACACCGUUCGUGUUUGUGUGCGCACGCGUGUCUAUGCAUGAAUUUUCGUGUGCCUGUGCGUGUGCACUUGUGCGAGACCUGGUUGAAGGAAUCGACGACGACGACUACGACGACGACGACGACGACGACGACGACGCACAGUAGUAGCAGCCGCGACGCGAGACCGAUUCGCAAGGGUAUUCGCAGCGAGGGUGAACUAUGUUCGCCAGGCGGGGGUGAAACACUGGGAACUAACGUCGGGACUUUCUCGACGACCAUGCUCGUCGCGGAACGGACAGACGGUCGUUCGAUAACCGAGAGAGAAUGUUGCCGCCGUUAAUCGCACGAGGACGGAGCGCGUCUCUGGUGCAACGAUUUAAUUGAUUUCGACGUUAUUAAGCACCUCUUUGUGUCGUGCAAGGGGAGAGGAAGGGAGGGAGAGAAAGCGAGAGAGAGAGAGAGAGAGGAGCGAGAGAGAGAGAAAGGGUAAAAAAGUAGAGGCUGCGAAGUAUACACGCGUCGUUGGGUCGCGAAAUAACGCGCGAUCGAACCACGCUGAGGAAAGGAAGGAAAUCCGAGAAACAGGGAACGAGAGAAAGGGUGCGUGACAGUGUGCGUAUGGGAGAGAGAGAAAGGGGGUGAGAGAGACGAAGAGAGGUUGAGAGGGAUGCAAAGAAAUCGAGAAAAACGGCGAAAAUAAGAGAAGCCGAAAUAUCGGUGUAGUUCGCACAGCUUCCGGGGUUCGUGGGUGUUUUUACGCGUGGAUCGAUAGUUGUCUCGCGAGCGAGCUCUGGUCGACGACUGGUCGACGAAGUCCGUGCAACGACUCGAUUUACCUCUACAGAACGCACGAUAUUCCCGAGGGGAUCCAAAAGGAGUCGGUCGUCGGCGAACGGGACCUCGAUACGGUCAACGGGAUACUGCUCCUCGCGGUUCUUGGAACCCCGACGAUUUAUGGGGGAUUUUAGCGCGACCAGUCUCUUCUCGAAUAGCUUGUCCAGCGCGGCGAAGUCGCCGAUCGGCAGCAGCAACGCGAGCACCGCCGUGACGAUAACGACGUCGACGAUGCAGGACGAUCUGUUGAUCGAGAAACAGGCUAGCGGAAAGCCGGCGCCGCUGUCGCCGAGCACCGGCCUGGAGACCGUCGUGGCCGGCCAGGAGAAGACGAAAGACGCGGUCGAGGUCGAGAGUAUCGCUAUCACGCCGACGACGCCCUCCUCCACCGAGAAGGAGAUCGCCUGCAGCACCAGUUCGACGCUCCAGGGUUUCUCCGAGGCCGGCAGAGUGCCAAGCCUGUGGUCCGCCCCGGACGACAACAGCCUGCACGCGUUACCGGUCAACGGGUCCAUCUCGGCGUUCCAAAACUUUCCAACCGGCGGUCCCACCGGUUUGUUCGCGAGCACCGGGCCGACCGUCCCGGCCCGUCGCGCUAUCACGGCUAUUCACAAUUUCCCUCAGCAACACGGUACCGCGACCGCGCCUACGACCAGACACGGUCUCCAGGUGUCGUCCGCGGCUCAACAACAACAACAACAGCAGCAGCAACAGCAACAACAGCAGCAACAGCAGCAGCAACAACAGCAGCAACAACCGCCGGCCAGCUCGCAUCCGGGUGUUUACCUUCCCGGGAAAGGAUACGCGGCAUGGUCCGGUGGUCCGCAAGCCCCACAACAGUGGGCCACCGGUCCUCAAGCAGCCGCGGUCGCGAGUCCCGGCCUCUCGCCCUGGAACCGGGGCAGAUCGGUCCCGAAUCUUCCUCCCUUGCACACAUCUCUUCACGCCGCCGCCGCGGUGGCUGCCGUCGCGGGAUUGCAAGGGAGAAAACCGAGCCCCACGUUCCCCGGCCACCCGGGACCCGCGGCCCAUCCGUCGUGCAUCAGUCCCGUGAAGUUCCGCAGGAGCACCUCGUACCCCGGCAAAGGCAGCAUAUAUCCGCCUCAACCUGCGCCCACGUUCGAAGUCACCACCACCGAGGAGAGGGACCUGCUCCAGCUACCAACGUUUCAGCAGGAUCGGAUGACGGCUAACGGGAACUCGCCAUUGGACAAUAUGCGGACGUUGGAGCAUUAUUUAAACGACUUCAUGCGCGCCGGUACGGCCGAUACACCGGAACACGUGAAAGGAUACAUGAAUUGCAAUACCAGCACGUUGCAAUCGCUCGCGCAACUACACGGCAAAUCGCCGUUCUUCCCGAGUUUGGAGGACCAGAGCGGCACGCUGCUGGAGGAUCCUAACUCGGCGAAUCAGCUGGAUGGCGUCGGGGUCGGUGUCGGCGUCGGCGUCGGCGUUGGCGUCGGCGUAGGCGUUGGAGUCGGAGUAGGCGUCGGAAGCGGUAUCACCGGGUCCCAAACGGCGCCGCUUUCGUCUCCGAGUCGAAGCAGUCCUCACAGUCAGGGCAGCGAGACCGGGGAACGAUUCUCCAGAAAAGUAUUCGUCGGUGGCCUGCCACCGGACAUCGACGAAGAGGAAAUCAAAGCCAGUUUCCGUCGUUUCGGAUCGCUGGUCGUCGAUUGGCCCCACAAAGCGGAGAGUAAAUCCUACUUUCCACCGAAGGGCUACGCUUUCCUGCUUUUCCAGGACGAAGCGUCCGUGCAGCAGCUGAUCGACGCGUGUAUCCAGGACGAGGAGAAGCUGUAUCUGUGCGUGAGCUCGCCCACGACCAAGGACAAGCCCGUGCAGAUCCGGCCGUGGCGAUUGAGCGACGCCGAUUUCGUGCUCGACGCCUCGAUGCCGCUGGACCCGCGGAAGACGGUGUUCGUCGGCGGCGUGCCGCGGCCGUUGAAGGCCGUCGAGCUCGCGAUGAUCAUGGACCGACUUUACGGGGGCGUGUGCUACGCCGGCAUCGACACCGACCCCGAGCUCAAGUAUCCCAAAGGAGCCGGUAGGGUCGCUUUCAGCAAUCAACAGAGCUACAUAGCUGCCAUAUCGGCCAGAUUCGUUCAACUGCAGCACGGUGACAUAGACAAGAGAGUCGAAGUGAAACCGUACGUCCUGGACGAUCAGAUGUGUGACGAGUGUCAGGGACAACGUUGCGGAGGCAAAUUUGCGCCGUUCUUCUGCGCGAACGUCACCUGCCUACAGUACUAUUGCGAGCACUGCUGGGCGACGAUUCACUCGCGGCCUGGUCGGGAGUUCCACAAGCCGUUGGUGAAGGAGGGUGCGGAUCGACCUCGAGCCGUGCCUUACCGCUGGUGUUAACCCCAGCUGUGUUCUCCCUAAUUAUCUCGCAACCCUAGCUAAUUAACUACCACUUCUACGUACCACCCCCUCCCCCAUACGUGAAUCUUCUGCCGCCCACCCUCCCCAGCCACUCGUUCAAAGUCCCCGUCCCGCUCCCCUUCCCGACACUGACACAAACACAUAUACACACACACACACACGCCACACGCACAUACAUGCGUACACUCUCCGUCUCACCUUUUGCUCAUGUAUUCUUAUAUACCCGCCUGGAGACACAGUCCCCGAGAGCAAUCUCUAUUACCGCUGCUACCCACUCGAUCGUCGGUACUCCCGCUAUUAUCCACGCAUCACUAUCGCUAUUAUCGCUACUACUAUUACCGCUCCUAUCGUGAACCACUACGAUUUUACUAUUCCACUACGAAGUUACUUUGUACUAUUCUGCUACCCACUGCUACGCGGAACGCAUUUCGCUCGGCGAAUCCAACCAAACAACCAACCAACCGAUCAACCAAGUUGCCAUCGUCGCCGCUACCGCCGUCUUCUGCCAGCUGUCCGCGUCUCGACGCGUUGAUUCUUCGAUUCCCAUCGUGCAAACAGAGAAGAUCCGGAUUCCGCGCGACGUUCGUCGAAGGGUAGAGGGCGAAGAAGAAGAAGAAGAAGAAGAAGAAGAAGAAGAAGAAGAAGAAGAAGGAGCAACGAAUCGACGCGCGUCUUUCGCGAAGCCUUUCGUCCGACAGAGCGAGAUGGAGCAUGCGUUAGUUACCGAUAUCGAUAUACAUACAUAUACAUAUAUAUAUAUGCAUAUACGUAUAUAUACACGCGACCGUACUCGCGAUUCGAAGGUUCUCUCGAUCCAGUCGUCGACCGAUUGGAGAAUUCGAUUCGUGAUCCGGACCGUCUCUUCCGCGCAGUGAGUGUCGAAGCCAGAAGGAAGAUUCGUUCGACGGGAGAGUUCGACCUCUUCUCUCCUUGCCCGUUCGCUCGUUCCUUUUCUCGCGGAACGCCGAUCGAUCGUGCGUCGAGGAGCGAGGAACCGGCCGCGGACGCGAUAUUUCCUUCUUCCGCCCGCGCUCGCGUCGUCCCGUUCCGGGGGACGAGGAACACGGUUGUGUGCGUGCCCUCUCUUUCGUCGAUUGUUUCGCGCACCCUCGAGAUCGAUCGGGACAGGAAGUCGAGCUCCUCGACGGAAGAACGCGAGCAAAACUCCGGCCGGGGAGGUGUACGAAAGAAAACGGGAGAGCGUGAACCUAUGCUAAUCGAAGAAACGGUAAGAAGUUUUCUAGCGAGUACCUGAUUCGACGUGGAAGUGCGCGGGGAUUACCGAGCUUGCGGGAGGAGGGAGAGGAAGAGAGGCGAGAGAGUGCGAGAGAGAGAGAGAGAGAGAGAGAGAGAGAGAGAGAGAGUGAGAGUGAGAGAGAGAGAUUGAGGAUGCUUGGGGAAUGGUUCCGAAGAGGAGCGAAUGAGGAAGAAGGGGCGAGAGAGCUGGUGGUACGAAAGCGGAAGAAUGUUUGAAGUAAGUAACACAGUUUUGAGUAAUCGUACGCGUUUUGAGUGUUGAAUAGAUAAUGAAAAAGAAAACAUCCACGCUUCGAACUGCUGUGUAUCAGUUAAUUCUCUGUAUCACACACAGUCUCUAGUAUCUAAGAACUUAUUGAAUAUGUUACAUAGGUGCGUUAUCUAUAAAAAAAAUAUAUAUAUAUAUAUCUAUAAAUAUGCGUUUCUCACGUAGAACAACGCGAUUCGCGAUCGUAGAUAAACUAUUUGGAUGAGGGGAACGUUUUUUUACUAUAUACAUAUAAUUAACUUAUCCAAGUACGAUGCUAGUAGAGGAAAAUUUCGUAUAAAGAGUCAGAGAAACGAGAAGGGGGGAAAGCUGCGAGUCGGGAAACGUGUGAACGAUGCAAGCUUGAGGACAGUAGAAGUCGUUCAGAGAGAGGGGACACGUUUGAAAUACGGUCGAAACGUAACGGAGCGCGGUCGUAUACCAGAUUCUCGAGAGAUUUUUUUCUCAAAAUCAUCGGAGGGGAACAAAAACGAAGUCACCGAGAUAAGAGAGUACAAAAAGACGCGGCCGGGAUACGAUGAUCGAUGAACGGAUUUGAACGCGCGUCUCUCUAACGGAUAUAACGUUAAAUAAUUAUCGGAAGCUCCAACCUAGCUAAUUACCGUUUAUAUAUGUACGUCCGAGGCGAGAAGAUCGAGAUAGAACGCAGAAGCAGGUGUAGGAUAUAAAUCGCAUGAACUUAUUCUGUGUACAAGCCCCGAACCUUACUCGUAAUACGAUUAAAACUACUGUCGUGUCUCUUCGCAAAUCGUAAACGAAUCUUCUUUGCUCGAUGUAUAUAAUCAAAUCGCAACGAUGCAAGGCGCAGUCGAAACGACGAGAAUGUUUGUCUGAUCCGUGUGAGAACGCGUUUCUCUUCAGUCUCUCUGUCCUCCGACGGGAGAGACAAAAUGGAGGGAGGUUCUUCUCGACGACAGUUCCGGGGGUGUCGUUCUCGUUUCGCGUCUCCGCUUUUCUCGCGAUCGGCGACACCCGCUCAUCGGCUCGCAGGGGAGAAGGGAGCAGGGUGAAGGGUCGAACGGAAACGGCACGCGCGAAAUAUCGGUACGCGACGUUAUGUGUUCCGCUUAAUAGAUAGACGUUUUAUACGUAGCAGCACCGUCAGUUGAAAAAAAAAAAGAGAACCGUAAGCUCGUAGAUUUAACCUCGCACGACGAGUAUUUUUAAGGGAGGCACGUUACGCGAGGAAAGACAAGACAAGAUACACAUUGAUCGACACACAUUGUACACACGCAUUACGAAUACUUGGUAUAAAUUUAGUCAGGACCGAGGACGGAUCGGUGGACGGAGUCGGUCGACCGAUCCGUGCCUCGCCCCCACCCGUACAUCUAGUAACGAUGAUCGAAUGAAACAAAAAAGUAAUCUCCACAUAUACAUAUAUAUUUACAUAUAAUACAUAUAUAUAUUUAUUUUUUUGGUACUCUUUUUGUAUAUAUGUACUUGUCGCCAUAGAGUUAGGUGACGUCUAGGCACCGAACGAGCUACGAGAUAUCCGCGUGAGAGAGAGAGAGAGAGAGAGAGAGAGAGAGAGAGAGAGAGAGAGAGAGAGAGUACGGAGCGGGCAACCGGGAACGAGAAGCGCUGUACGAAUUAGUAGCGAAACGAGAAACUGGGUGGAAAAAUGAGCCGAGUGUCUUUAAAUGGUUGCGCAUGGCUGAGAGUAUGAGGGAAUAGAUUCUCCAUUCUUUUGUUCGUUCGUUUAACAUUGUUCGUCCAUAGGCUGCAGGUUGAAAGACAUAAUUUCGUAACGAUCGGCACGUGGAUCAGAUUCAGACGAGAUUUAGUUGUACGACGAUCGUUGUAUCGAUUACGAUUGAGUAACGAACGUUGAUAGGGAGUGUGCGAUUGAAAGAGCUCGAACGAUCGAUUGCGGGCGCGAAAGGGGAUGAGAAGCGCGACAGUUUCGCGAAAGGGCAAUGGAAGGGAAGAGCAUUAGUUAGCGUAAUUGAUUCGAGGCUCGGAACGGCAGUUCUCGCGGGUUCAGACCCGACGCGCGUCAGAGACGGUUCCCCGAUUCCUUCGACGGUCGUUCGAUCCCUCGACUCGUCGAACGAACGACCACCGAAAUUCCAUCUCCAGCGAGAAGUCGUUCCUCGAAGUGAGACCUCGAGUUCGUUCAGCGUCGGUGCCGCUUUCCGUAGAAAAUUGUUUUGGAAAGAGGCCGGAGACUUCGGGCGUCGAUCGUCGGCGAGACGGACAAAGAAAUCUGGGAACCUCGGUCGCGAUUACCGCGGUCGUUAGGCGAGAAUUUGCAUCCUGCAAACGAGGAGGCGACUGGAACACUUGGACAGACGAUCUCGUUCGUACGCGGUCGUGCUCUCCCCUGCUAAUCGAUCGAUAUAAUCGUAGUGAAACUUAACUAGGUACCAAUUCACCUAAAUCAAUUGAUUAUUAAAAAAAGAAUAAUAAUUAAAUAGCGUACGCAUGUAUACGCAGACCGACGCGCGUACGAUCCGCGUGUACAUACGUAUUAUAUAUCAUAGAAAGUAGUAUUGUUCCGAUACUCGACCGCGAACCGAGUGUUUAGGCGAGACUCGAGAUCGAGAUUUUUUCUAGACAAAUUUUUCUAAUUGUUGACGAAUGCGAUUGGAGUUCUGCGGGUUGAUCGCGAAACGUCUCCUCUAUCGAUACUUACUGACUUACUCGCGUAUCAAACGACGAAGUAAUACGAUUACACCCCUAGACAAAAUUCAGCUCGUUUGGCGUCCGUGCGCCACACCCGCGAACGAAGGAUCCGCAGAGUCGCGAGAAGUAUCGAGACCGCGAUUCCUUUUCGGGGCGCGACCCCUAAAGGGAUUCGAUCUUUGCCGACGGAUCGCGGUCGGGCAGCGAUCGCCGAUCCUUCGCGCUUACACACGUACACGGAGGACACACACGCGACACUUCCUUCUUCUCGUACACACGCAUCUGUAUAUAAUAUACAUACAUAGACACACGUGAAACGUAUGUGCGUGUUUUUCGUGCGCUGAAUAAAGCCGUAGACAAUUCUCUUUGAACGUGAA